AUGGAGUCGAGCAUGAAGCACAAGAGAACUAUUAUUGAAAAAGAAAAAGAGAUGACUAUAGACGUGAAGGUCACUAAAACAAUCACUAUAACAGUUCAGGAAUCAGAUAGUAUCGGACACGUGAAAUCUUUAAUACAUGAUCAUGAGGGCAUACCGGAAUGUCUUCAACAGCUAUUUUCAAAAGAUGUUCGCCUAACAGAUGAUGAACAGAAGCUAAUGGAUUGUGGCAUUAUCGAAAACUCCACCCUUCAUGCUUAUAUUUAUAUCGACAAUUCAGUACCAAAGGUACUUUUGGUGAAGAGACCCCAUACUAAUGUAACAAUUACGGUUUAUUCAAGGACAUUCAAUACUAUCCAGGAUGUCAAAUGUAGGAUUGGGGUCAAAGAAGGAGUAAACUCAAAGAAAUUUUCUCUUAUUCAUGACGGGAAGUUUCUUGACGAUGACAAAACCUUAGUUUUUUACAAAAUCAAUGGUGGAUCAACACUUCAUAUGGUUUACAUUCCGCGAGACAAGUUGCUUAUUUCAACAAAGGAAACUGUUAAAAUAGAAGUCAAGGUUGCAUUAACUGUUCGCGACAUCAAAACUAUUAUAGAAAGCAGAGUUGGCUACUCGAUAAGUUUUAUGGAUUUGUUUAUUGGGAAACAUAAAUUGGAAGAUUCAAAGAUAUUAUAUCAUAGUGAUGUCAAUGAAGAGUCUGUCUUAAAGGUGAAGAGUAAAACAAUACAGAUCUUAAUCAAGACGAGUGGUGGAAGUAUUACACUAGACGUGCAGAGGCACGAGUUGGUCAAGGAUGUGAAGGGCAUGCUUUUACAAAAGCUAAACAUACCAGUUCAUCUGCAAAAACUUGUGUUCGAGGGAAAAAGCCUAGCUAAUUACCGGGAUUUAGCAAGCUACAAUAUCAGAAUGCACUCGAAUAUCAUUUUUGAUUUUCGUAGUCCUGUUUCUACGACAACUACCUGAUAUUACGAGUUACCAACAGCAUUGUGGAUUCAAGUACUAUACCUCUGGUACUCAUUUGAUAACGUUGAUCAGGAACGAACUAAAACUACCUCUUAACUUGCUUUUUGGAAGGUGGUGAACUUGUUUUGUUUUUUCAAAUACGUUUUAGUUGAAUGGAUGAUCUAUUGAAAACAAUCUUUCGAACUUCUCAAGGAAGAUAAGGAGAAGUUUGA